UCAUCAUUUCUCUCUUUCUCCUAUUCUCUCUCUCUCUCUCUCUCUCUCAGCUUCCCAAAACCCGUGGCCACAGAGAGACCUCUGAGCUUUCACUCUCUCCGAGAACGACAAAAAGAACAGAAUAUCAGCAACAAUGAAAGAACCCCACUCGGAUGAAAUUUGUGACAUAUGUGGUGAUGCUGGUUUUGACAAUGCAUUAGCUACUUGCUCCAGUUGCUAUAGUCAUGAACAUGGUUAUUGCAUGCCGGUUGUUCUCCAUGAUAUUCCAGAAGAUUGGAUUUGUAAAUCACGUUUGUCAAGUGGGAUGGUAUUGCCAGAAGCUGGUGGGAAGGACAUCACCCUGAGAACCAUGACAAUAGAUUGCUCUGAAAUGGCUACAGCAGGUGGUAAGUCCCAAGCUGUUGCUGAACAAAAGAACUCUGAUGUUGAAAAAAGCGAGUUGCUGAAUAUUUUACCUAUAUUCAAGAUAUACUGCGAUUAUCUCCCUACUUCACAUGCUACUUGGAAGGGAGGAUUUUUUGUUACUAAUUCUACACCUAAAAACUUUCUUGGUGGGUUCAAGGCUCAACUUCCACCCUCCAUCAGUCGUAGGGCCUCUGAGUUUUCAGGAAAAAUUCCUCUAGUCCUUAGUGUUGAGUUGCUUCCUCAAUCCCAAAUUUUGGCAGAUCUUUUUCAGAAUGAUUGUCCUGAUCUUCGUGACAUUGCUCUAUACUUUUCCCCUGAUGAUAAUAUUGAGAGUUCCAAAGAGCACGCUGCCUCCCUGUUUGAGCAGAUGGAGGUCCAAAAUUCAAUGAUGAGAAGCUCCUUUAAUGGUGUGGAGUUGCUGAUAUUUACAUCAAAACAGCUGCAUGUGGACUCACAGACAGACUUCCAGAUUGAAGAUUCUGGCUACAGGGUUGAUGUGGUGGUUGUUGAAAUUGGAUAUGAGUUGAUAAUUGAGGCCAUUUUACAACAAGUUCGUAAUAGAGUUGUAUAUGAGUAUUUGGCAUGA